AUGCGCCGCCUGCUGAGGAACUUCCGCGAGAAAUUUGUUGAAAAGCCCCAACACAAAUAUCAUUUACUUAUUCCAACGGUGGCGCCGGUCAUCCUUGACCCAGACGAAUACGACGAAAGUCACGAUCAAGACUCCGACAAAGCUAUCAUCGAAAAGUUCAAUUUGAUCAAAAGACAGUUGCCAAAACUAGCUGACCAGGCGAAACUGAAAGAAGAAACGGCCGAACGAGAAAGACUACGUAGAAAAAGUAGAAAUGCUGGAUCAGUGAAACUUCUUCGAUAUGUCCGAUCUGACAAGCCACGUAAAUAUGAAAUCGAACUUACAAACAUGUUUGAAGAUCAAAGCACUUCUUUAAUGCCUGUUUCUAUGAAAUAA